UGUCUGCUGGUGAGUGGUCUGCUAAGAUUUGGACUAAUAACACUUGAGAUCAUCCAGAGCCUCCUCCCCUGGGUGAAUUCCCCAAUGGAAAACUUCCGAGUCACCGGCACAGCUUUCCUUGCCCAGCUAAUGACUGAUCCCACGCUCAGGGAGAAGAAGUUGCUUAAGAGUGUCUUGCGCAUCUUGGAAGAAAGGUCACAGGAUAGGAACAGCAUUGUCCGUCAGAUGGCUGUAAGAGGCCUGGGAAAUAUAGUCAAUGGGGCGCCUGUGAAGGUAAAAAAAUACAAGAAGUUUCUUCUGGACAUACUGAUCGGGGCCUUACAUGACGUUUUCAGUUCUGAAGUGAUUGGUGAGAGCAUGAAAGCACUGGCCAAAGUCCUGAAGGAGCUGAAAGAGAAGGACAUUGGUUCUUCCUUCAAAAACCUCACCGAACAGAUCCGGGCCUACUUUGACGAUGAGAAUGAUGGUCUUCGCUCAGUGGCCUUUGUCCUAUUUGGCAUCCUGGCUCAGUUGACAAAGAAAAAUGGAAGGCCUAUUUCGCUGAGCAGGUUCGAAGAGCUGGACCAACAGUGA